GAGCUACGUUUCACACCUCUCCCACCUUACAUCACCUCCUCAGCCUUUUCGAACUUGGAAACCGAGGUACUGCAUCAGAUACCUUGCAAAUCAACAUGGCUCGAAGUACUUCGAUCAAAUAUGAACCCCUGUCGAUGACAUCACCAACACAAGACGCUUACUGCAUACAAACUUCACCAUCUCAGCGGAAGUUUGCGACGACAAGGUUAAUUCUGAGGGCGAUAGCAUGCCUUUGUUUUUUGGUUUCGGCGUGUUUAGUGAUCACAUGGACCGGCAUCCCUCGCCAGCCGAUCAACUAUGACAAUGCCAUACGUACCACCAAAACUUCGAGACCAUUACAGCCCCCGGGCCCGCCUCAAAGUGACCUUUCACGUCAGAGACAGAAACAAAUUCGCGAUUCCUUCCAACUGGCGUAUGCAAACUUUGUUACUUAUGCAGGGGAACACGACGAAAUCCGACCUGUCUCUCUCGGGCACUCUGAUCCCCGGAAUGGAUGGGGCGCCACUACUGUAGACUCUAUGACUACAUUGUUUGUGAUGGACCUUGAGGAGCACUUGCAAGCUGCAAUUAAUCACACGGUGCACACUGAUUUUACAAAAUCGCGAGUACCCGGUCAACAUACUUCAGUCUUUGAAACUAACAUCAGGUAUCUUGGUGGAAUUCUCUCAACGUACGAGCUUACUGGCGCAAAUCACACCGAACUUUUAGACAAAGCAGUGGACAUCGCUAAUGAGUUGGGAGUCGCAUGGGGUGGAAACUCGAAAAUACCCCACCCAUCAGUAUCCGUUGACGAUAAUCAUGCUGUUUUACAUCAUGAUACCACUCUUGCUGAAGCUGGAUCCUUAACUUUGGAGUUUGAUAGACUUUCUUAUUGGACUGGGAAUGACUCAUACCGAUUCACAGCGGAUAGCACAAGUCGUGCAUUGAUGAGUAACCCCCAAGUAUUCCCAGGUCUCCAUGCACAAAACAUCUAUCUCUACAAUGGAUUGCCUCAGGGAGAUUAUGUAGGAUGGGGCGGCAGUUCCGAUAGUUUCUAUGAGUACGCUGUCAAAUAUUGGCAAUUGAUUGGGGACCAGGCUGUGGAUUACGUUAGAUAUUGGCAAGAGGCUAUCAUAUCUUCGCGAAAACAUCUUCUAAGAUGGUCUGAAGAUCGCAAGCAUCCUUAUCUAACAGAAUAUUCCGCAAAUGGAGGUGGCACUAGAAACUUCAUGACACACCUUGCUUGCUUUGCACCUGGAAACUGGAUGCUAGGUGGAAAACUUUUGGAGAAAGAUGAUGUUUUCGCACUCGGUCUAAAACUAGCCGAGACAUGUUAUGAUUCGUACAACUCAACGAGUUCAGGUCUUGGACCCGAUAAAUUUUCUUACGACAAGUCCCUCGUGGUGUUGAAAGGAGAAUUUGUGAUGCGACCAGAAGUAUUGGAGAGUAUGUGGUACGCGUGGAGAUUGACCGGUGACCCUGUAUGGCAAGAGCGCGCCUGGUUGAUCUUUGAGGCUAUUGAAAGAAAUUGUAAAGUCGAUGGCGGUUAUCGUGGUCUCAGAAACGUCGAGCAGCCUGGAUGGGGGUCUAUAGACAGCAGUGAAUCAUUUGUUUUUGCUGAAACUUUCAAGUAUCUUUACCUCAUGUUCUCCCCAAGGAGUCAUUUCUCCCUUGAUGAAUGGGUCUUUACUACCGAAGCCCAUCCUUUCAAGAUCAGAGUAUCCAAGGAUCUACCUUUAACAAAUCUCUCGAAUCAAACUGACAGCUCUAACAAUCAAGCAUGAUAUAUAAUUUCACAAUCCAUUGCAUUCAUAAUCUCCUUAUCUCAUAAAUUAUUCAUAGUGACUGGAAACUCAUUGACUUGUAUCAACGUCAAAUGCUGUCUUAGUAAUUUUUUUUUGUUAUCUUUCUCAAUUCUGAAGUACAAUAUUUGUUUAAUUUAUUUGAUGUAUGUAGAUAGCCUUAAACUUGACAAUCGUUUUACUCAUCCCACUCUUCAAAGGACAUUCUUUACUUGAAUCAUUGAUCGGUUGUAAUACACGUUCCCAGCUGUGGGUAUUUUCAUCACGUGAUUCAUUUUUAUCAUAAUCUUACAUUUUAAUGCAUUCCCAAGAAAUUUUUAGUAUCAUUUGCUGAAUCAUAUAUUUAGACAUUUGUUUUUGACAUGAUGUCUUAAUGACUGCCGGUUGUACUGAUCCCUUUUUGGUUUGAAAAUGGCCAAAAAUUUCUUGUGAGUU